AUGUCUUGGUACCGAAGAACUAAGCCCUUCCUCGUCAUCUCCAGGAGAAACAUCAUAACUCCUCCGAGGAUUUCGCCGGUUUCUCCCCCUUCCAACGCUUUCUCGUCAGUUCAUCGGAACGGGUCUUCAAAUCUAUCAGCUAAGUUUUCUGGGUUCUCCAUUUUUUCCCGCAGAUCAGGUUUAAGCUUUUGUAACUCUCUUGGGAACACGAACAUCAAUGCCUGCAACCGGUUUCUGAGCAUUCCCAAGAAGUUUGACUGUGCUGAUCGUCACCAGGUUCAUCCUUUCAAGCCACCGGAACAGAGACAGUGGUUCCAAAACCCUGCGGCCGUAUUGGCGGCGAUGUUUGUGGGUUCAGGGGUUUUGGUCAACGUUUAUUGUAUGAAUCAAGAGACUGUUCCUUACAUCAAACGGAGGCAUUUCGUUCUUUGGUCGAGAUCGGUCGAGAAAUGGGUUGACGAAUCUAGGUAUCAGGAUCUAAAAUCCAUGUCUGCGGGGAAAAUACUCCCUGCGGAUCACCCUGAGAGCAUUAGGGUUAAAUCGAUCGUGAAGGAUAUCAUUGAAGGGUUGCAGAGAAGUUUGAGCCUGGAGACUGUGUGGUAUGCGUCCAUGGUUGGUACCUCCAUGGAAAAUGAUGGAGCAGUUAAGGAUACGGCAAUGGGUGGAAUGAAGGGGUCUGAAGACGACAUAUGGAUUCAGCAAAGCAGGAAGAAGGGUAAAGAGAAAGGAUCACAACCCACUAUUGUUGGAGAUAUAAUCUUGUCAUCGAAAAAAUAA